AUGCGCCGAGCGAGGAGGGAGAUAAGUUUGGCGGACCUCGGGAUCGGGGACCUCCGCACCAAAAGGGCGGCAACCGGCGCCCUUGUGUUGGAGGUCUCCGGUCCGGAGGGUUACGCGAAAACCGACGCGCUGGCCGGUAGGAUGAGGACCCUCUUCGCCGAGGAGAAGGAAGUGCGCAUUGCGCGACCGGCGAAGAGGGUCGAGCUUCGGGUCCGCGACCUGGACGACGCGAUGACGAUGGAGGAUGUCAUCACUGCUAUCGCGUUGUCUGGGGGCUGCGGGCCCGAAGAUGUUAAGGUUGGGGCAAUACGUGCCGGGGCCAACGGACUGGGCACCAUGUGGGUGCAGUGCCCGUUGGCCUCGGCCAAAAAGGUGCUGGACGGUGGCCGCCUCCGUGUGGGGUGGACCACCGUCCGUGUGGAGGCCCUCGCGGGGCGCCCGCUGCAAUGCUACAGGUGCAUGCAGCGGGGCCACGUGAGGGCAACGUACACAUCGGUGAUGGACUGCAGCGGACUCUGUUACCGCUGCGGUCGGGAUGGCCACAGGACGGCGGAAUGUGGCGGACAGGUUGAGUGCCCUGUCUGCCGCGACGCCAAAAGAUCCUGUGGCCAUCGCAUGGGUAUCUUCCUUUGCCCGAUAGAGGGCAAAAGGGGAAAGAAGGAGGGCAAGGGGUCGGGCUACGCUCCCCCUCAGCUGCCCAAAGAAGGAAAGAGUGGGCGUCUCCUCAGUAAAGGAGAGGGAAGCCCCGCUAAAAGGGUGCAGGAGGGGGCGUUCGCAACAGUGCGCGCCCUCUGCCCCUAA